UUCCCGGCGCCCGUUCCCCGGCCGGCCGGGGCGCGCCGCCGAGCAGCUCCCCCGCGCCGCGCUGGCGUCGUCCUCGUCCCCCUCGCCGCCCCCCGCGCGCGGCCGGGCCUUGCCCCCCAUGGUCUCCCGGCCCGAGCCGGAGAGCGAGGCCAUGGACGCGGAGCUGGGGGUGACGCCGCCGGGCUGCUCGCACCUGAGCAGCUUCAAGGUGGACAACUGGAAGCAGAACCUGCGGGCCAUCUACCAGUGCUUCGUGUGGAGCGGCACGGCGGAGGCCCGCAAGCGCAAGGCGAAGUCGUGCGUGUGCCACGUGUGCGGCAUACACCUGAACAGGCUCCACUCCUGCCUGCACUGUGUCUUCUUUGGCUGCUUCACCAAGAAACAUAUCCACGAACACGCGAAGUCCAAGCGGCACAACCUGGCCAUAGAGCUUAUGUAUGGCGGCAUCUACUGCUUUUUGUGUCAGGACUACAUAUAUGACAAAGACAUGGAAAUCAUUGCCAAAGAGGAGCAACGGAAAGCUUGGAAAAUGCAAGGUGUUGGGGAGAAGUUUUCAACUUGGGAACCCACCAAACGGGAGCUUGAACUGCUGAAACACAACCCGAAAAGGCGAAAGAUCACCUCCAACUGCACCAUCGGGCUGCGGGGGCUGAUCAACCUGGGAAACACCUGCUUCAUGAACUGCAUCGUCCAGGCCCUCACCCACACGCCGCUUCUGCGAGACUUCUUCCUCUCCGACCGGCACAGGUGUGAGAUGCAGAGCCCCAGCUCGUGUCUGGUCUGCGAGAUGUCCUCGCUUUUUCAGGAGUUCUACUCGGGGCACCGCUCCCCGCACAUCCCGUACAAGUUGCUGCACCUGGUGUGGACUCACGCACGGCACCUGGCGGGGUACGAGCAGCAGGACGCGCACGAGUUCCUCAUCGCCGCCCUGGACGUCCUGCACCGGCACUGCAAAGGUGACGAUAAUGGGAAGAAGGCCAACAACCCCAACCACUGCAACUGCAUCAUAGACCAGAUCUUCACGGGCGGGCUGCAGUCGGACGUCACCUGCCAAGUCUGCCACGGAGUCUCUACCACCAUAGACCCCUUCUGGGACAUCAGUUUGGAUCUGCCUGGCUCUUCCACCCCGUUCUGGCCCCUGAGCCCCGGGAGUGAGGGCAGCGUGGUGAACGGGGAAAGCCACGUAGCGGGAACCACGACGCUUACGGACUGCUUGCGAAGGUUUACCAGACCCGAGCACUUAGGAAGCGGUGCGAAGAUCAAAUGCAGCGGCUGCCAUAGCUACCAGGAGUCCACGAAGCAGCUUACCAUGAAGAAAGUGCCCAUCGUAGCCUGUUUCCACCUCAAACGAUUCGAACACUCGGCCAAACUGAGACGGAAGAUCACCACGUACGUGUCCUUCCCCCUGGAACUGGACAUGACCCCCUUCAUGGCGUCCAGCAAAGAGAGCAGGAUGAAUGGACAGUACCAGCAGCUAACGGACAGUCUCAACAAUGACAAUAAGUACUCCCUGUUUGCCGUAGUUAACCACCAAGGGACCCUGGAGAGCGGCCACUACACCAGCUUCAUCCGGCAGCACAAGGACCAGUGGUUCAAGUGCGACGAUGCCAUCAUCACCAAGGCCAGCAUCGAGGACGUGCUGGACAGUGAGGGGUACCUGCUGUUCUACCACAAGCAGUUCCUGGAGUACGAGUAGCCUUAUCUGCGGCUGGUCCAAGAAAACGAAGGCGAUGCGUUGGCCGGCCUCCCAGAAUCCUCCCCGCCCUCCCCGACGUCAUGAAGCCACCACCCACACAGAAGUGCCCCCGAGAGCAUCGGAUUCCUCUGCAGCCUGGGCCCGGCGGCCGCCGCAGCGGGUUCCAGGGCCGCGGUGUCCACGUGGACAAGCGCUGCGCUCGGAAGGAGGCCCCAGGAGCCGUGCGGCGGAAGCAGCGACGUGGCCGGUGUGCCCUGCGUGGGGAGGGGCACCGCGGUGCGUCCGUGGCGCGUCUCCUGUGCUCCUGGAGACCACGUGCAGCGGGGGGUGGGGGGCAGCCCGGUCCCGGUGUUUCGCUUCGGCCGCACAGCGGAGCAGUUUCUAAAGGCGCCCGCCUGGUUCCACAUCACGGGUCCAUUGAGGCAGCGAAGUGCGGGAGCCAAAGACGUGUGAGGACGGGGGACUUCGCAGGUCCCUUCCUCUCCGUGGGUUUAGUGUCGAACGUACAUCGCUGGAACUCCGAGCCUCCGUCUGUCAGCAGCUAGCAGCAGCCCCUGCCCCCACGCCCAUGGAACCGAACACACUACCCGGGGUCUCCGAGCACGUCUGUUCCGCGGGUCACGUAGCAUCCGACUGCAUGUGGACACGUCAGCCCAGGUGUUCUCGCUUGGUUUUUUUUAGAAAUAGGCACUUUCUUAGUCCUCGCCCCUUUCCUCUCUUUUUCCACAAUGGUGACUUUCAUAAAUGUAAUGGUAGUAACGUGAAUGAAUUAUUGAAUUGACACAGACAUUUAGAUCGUUUUCCUUUAUUCCCGAGAGUGAAUCUGGCUUUUUCAUUGGUGCUGGUUUUGUUGCCUCCCCUCCCCCCUUCCGUCUGGAAGCACCUGCGUCCUGGUUGAAGGCUGCCGGGAGGCGGCGGACGAGGGUCAGGCUGAGGCCCGUAAAUGUCUCUGUCCUGUUAACCUUUGAGCGAAUGAAGUGUUCCCAGUGGCUUCGUUGUUCCCUACCUCCUAUUUGCUUCCCGGCCGCACGGCCCACUUGCUUCCCGUGUGGCUGCGUGGCGGCUCGUGGGUCAGCUGGACGCUGGCGGGGCUUCCAUGGAGCUGGCGUUUCGUUGCUGAUGCCUCCGCUUUGCCUUUGGUGUCGUUCCCGCUGGAGCGGGGGGCGGAUGGCUUUGCCAGUGAGCUGCCAGGAGGAGGGAGGAGCCGCUGGAGCAGAGGGAACGGUGUGCACUGUUCCUUGUAAGAUAUCCUGCAUGCGUCUGUCUGUGCAAACCCCAACUUGGAUUGUCCGUUUCUGAGAACUUAACAACCUAGACAUGUGGGGGAGGAAAAGCUGCUUUCAUGUCGUUCGUCGAACAAGCAGCACUUGUCCUGGGAGCCCGGUCUGCGUCUGAGCUGUGGGAGGUUUGUUCCUGGAGAAGAGAACCGUCUGUUUCAGGUUCAGUGCACGCACUUUUCUUUCUUUUUUUGUCAAGAGCCAGACGGUAAAUAUUUGAGGCUUUAUGGGCCAUGCAGUGCCUGCUGUGGCUAAUACAGAAACAGACGAGCAUGGCCGUGUUCCAGUGAAACCUCUUACGGAUGCUGACAUUUGACAGUUUUCAUCUGUCGUGGAUUUUUUUUUCCUCCCUAUUUAACCAUGUGCAGACUGUUCUGAGCUGGUAGGCCAUCAGGUUAGGAAGUGGGUCGGAAUAGCCACAGUUGACUAGGUACUGCUCAGUGUGGAAUGUGCUGGAAUACAGGAAACCACAGUUGUUUGCUGCAGCGGCAUCCACGACAAUGUCCUUAGCGAUGCAGCUUUUAAACCACUUGCUCGGCUCAUGCUCAGUGUAUUUCUGCCCUUUGGGAAUACAUGUUCUAAGAUACCAGGCGUCCUCAGAAAUACGGGUGGGUGCAAAUUUUCAGAAACAGCCCCACGUGCCUGAGUUUGUGUGUGUGUGUGUGAGAGAGAGAGAGAGAGACCGUGCUUCGGAGAUUUAUUUUUGGGAGAGCCGUAGCGUUUUCAUAAGGGGCAGAUCAAACAAGGAGCUGGCUGACGCUGGCCUGCACAGUUCUGAGCCAUGAGCUUUGCUGCCUUGUGACCCAGCUUUACUGGAUUGUCCUGGGUUUUCUGGCAGGUUCCCUGUGGUCUGGCGAGCCCCGCUUCCCACAUCUGUGUCUGCUCAUGUUCAGGGGAGCUCAGCUGGUCCAAGAGCAUGAGGUCUGGGGAUAGACGAUGAGGCCACGUUUCUCUUCUAUAGACAUGACUUUAAAUUUUUGUAUCCAAAUUAAUUGUCGUGACUCCCUGUUGGCACUGGUGUUGCGAGUUGUCACCUGUGUCUGUGCCGCUGGGAAGCUCCUGUGACCGCAAACCGUGGGCAGUGUUGGCAACAGGACGUCCUGCCACCAGCGUGUUCACUGGGAUUCACCCUGUUACCCCCAGAAUACUCCAUGCCCGGCCUGGGAAUGUUUCUCUUCACGCCCAAGCCAGCUGUUAAAUUCAGGAAAGUGGCUUUCUUGUUUUCUCCUAACGACCCCUUGCCUGUGCGUUCAGGUCAUUACCAAGUGUGACUGACAUGAAAGGGAUCAUCAGGUGACCCCACCCGCUCCUGCACUCCCACCCGUGGUUUUAAAAUAACUUGUAUUUCUGAGACGUUGGCCUUCCUUUCAGCACGUCACAGGGAAACCCGGCUUUCUGUCUGCAGGCGCGUGAAGCGAGUUCUGAGCAGCGUCCGUGCUCGGUGGGGGGGGGGGGGGGUCCGGUGGGCAGCCCGCGUGGCCGGGCCUCCUCUCUAGGGCUCAGGAUCGAUCGUCUGAGGCCUCCUUCCUGCGGCAGCGCCCCCGACCCCACAACAUAGCCCCGUGCUCCUGUCCUUUGGCUUGGUAUGUAUGCUUUCCCUGGGUAAAUGGCCCUUCUGACAAUUCAAGUGACUGUUGCGUUUACUAUAACCUUGAAAACAAAAAUUGUAAGAAAAAGAUUCCAAUGAUUGUGCUGUGGAUUUUAUUACCAAGAUGUUUACACCUCCCUUUUCCCUGUCAUUUUGAGAAACUGUCGACUCUUCUCCCUUAAUGGCUUGUAGUCUUUCCUGUGUCAUAAUAAAGCUUCAUUUUCUUCUGAA